AUCCGAUUGUAGUCCCCACACAGGUCUUGGAUUCAUCUGCGGAUACCUGUGAUUUGGAAGUCAGUAAUGUCAUUAGCGAACCUUUGAGCAAACGAGAGAUUGUUAGAAAGGAAGAUGUCCCUGAAGUCAAAUCACUCGAUGUAUCAGCAUCCAGCGGCUCAUCUCAUCUGAGUCAGGUCAUUGAAUUUUUGAAAAGUGAUGCCUUCAAUAUGAACAGGGACAAGCAAUAUGAAGAUAUCCAGUUAUCCGAAGCCGUCAUCUCAGAAAAGAGUAAUGAGAUGGAGAGAAUAGUUCUACCGCAGACAGAAAAGAGAGAUUUAUCCGAAGACGAGAGUUUGAAUGAAAUAAUGAGUCACUAUCUUCCAAGGCUGAAAUCUGAAGAAAUCAUUUCUAUCAACAAGAGUCAAAUAG